AUGGGAUGUAUCAAAUCGAAGAAAAAAAACAUCGAAAAAUCGUUACUAGCUAAUAUCCAGCCAUCAUUCGUAUUUAAAAGUGUAUCUGAUAACUAUGCACCCUAUCUCUGGUGUCAAUUGUUUAAACAAAAUCUUAUUCAAGUUUCGUAUUCGGCAGAUAAAAUGGCGAAAGAAGAUUUAAUAGAGAAAUGUCGCGAAUAUUAUCGCGGUAACGAUCAAGAAUCAGCGUCGAUUAAUGAAUUUGAACGAACGUAUGAGUCAAGCAAAGCUUUAGAAUGGUAUACAAAAAAUACAUUUUUGUAUAAAAUUAUAAAUGAAUCUUUGCGAUCGAAAAACGAUAUCGAUGCUUUGUACACAUUUCGAUAUUACAUUAGUGAUCUAUGUACAUGUUUAUUAGAUCAAUACCGUAAAGAGGCCAACAAUAAUGGUGUGAUUACUGUUUAUCGAGGAGUUAGACUUGCUGAUAAUGAAAUUCUAAAAAUGCAACACUCAGUCGGCAAAGUAAUAUCGAUAAAUGGUUUUGUGUCUACUAGUCGGGAUCGAAACGUAGCAGAAAUGUUUGCAGGAAAUGUAGAACAUGAAUCGGUUAUGUACGAAAUUGCUCUCAACGUUCGAUCACUUAUUUUAGCAGAUAUAAGUAGUCUAAGUCAAUUCAUUGAUGAACAAGAAGUUUUAUUAGACAUUGGUUCUAUCUUUCUCGUUGUCGAAGUUUCAUAUCAGCAAAUAUGGACCAUUAAACUAAAAUCGACCAAAAAGAAAACGAAACUAGCCAUAGAAUAUAUAAAAUCAAAUAGAAAACUAAUGACAGAAUCGCAAUCUGUACUAAUUGGACGUUACUUUGCUGAGAUGGGCGAAUAUUAUAAGUCGAUUCGAUACUUACACAACUUACUGAAUCGAUCAAAUUCAACUACGGAUUUAGGCGAUAUCUAUUUAAAUCUUGGACGUGCUUAUGGAUUCUACAGAGAUUAUCAAAAUGCGUUCAAAUACUUUCAACUUGCGUAUAAAAUACAGGUAGCAGAAGGUACCGAUCCUUUAGUUCUUGCCACCAUACUUAGUAACAUGGGCGCUGUGCAUUACGAUGAUAAUCGGGCUCUGCUCUAUCAUUCAGAGGCCUUGAGGUUAGGACGACCAACAAAUGAUGUACAUCCAAGUACUGGCACAGCUUUAUAUAACAUUGGCAACAUCUACUUCAAAAGACAAAAGUAUUCGAAAGCGUUGGACUACUAUCGAAAAAGUUUGAAAAUAAGUAAGAAAAAUUUUCCAAAAUUUCAUCCAACUAUUGCUAUUAUUUAUGAGCAUAUUGGCAAUGUUUAUCGUGCAAGAGAAGCAUAUCGUACAGCUGUUCGAUAUUACAUAACGGCACUGAAGAUGUACGAGAAGAUUCUUCCAGCAAAUCAUUUAUUGAUACGAAAAGUUAAAUUUUCAAUAGCGAGAAGCAAACGGCGAGAAUAG